CACAACCGUGAAGGCAGCACUCCGAGCGACAGCACUCGCUGUUACGACUUGACGCUUUACUAACUAGAAACAGCAGAGAAACUUUUUUUUCAAAAUGUCAGCUCCAGGACCAGACAGUUCUGCAGCAGGAUCAAGCAACAAGCGUCUGCAACAAACCCAGGCCCAGGUGGAUGAGGUGGUGGAUAUUAUGCGUGUUAAUGUGGACAAGGUCCUGGAACGUGAUCAGAAACUGUCUGAACUGGAUGACAGAGCCGAUGCACUGCAGGCUGGAGCCUCCCAGUUUGAGACCAGUGCUGCUAAGCUGAAAAGAAAAUACUGGUGGAAGAACUGCAAGAUGUGGGCCAUCCUAAUAGCUGUUAUAGUGAUCAUCAUCGUCAUCAUUAUUGUUUGGAAUUCGGUGUAAAACGGCAACAGGAUGAGGAGUGGUGGAGUUAAUGAAGAAGGAGUUGGGCAAUGUGCAUACUUCUUGUCUCAUGAAUCAUGAGGAAGAAACCGCAUGACUAGUGGCUAAUGACCUCCACAUUAUUUCACCUCCGAAGGGGUCUUCAUUCCUUGUCCUGGAUUGCCUGCAUCUAUAUGUAUAUGUGUCUGUGUAAGUGUAUUUGCAGUUGUAUCUAGUCAGUGAUUGCCACCAUGCUGCAGCUUUACCCCUUUAUGAAUGCAUCAUAUUAAACAUCACAAAGCUCAUAUUAGAACUUCAGGCCAUACACCAAAGGAAACUCAUAUAUAUUUGCUAAGAAGUAAAAUGAUCUCAAGUCGAUAAAAACAUAUUGUUUAAAAAAAAAAAAGUCUGACUCUAUCACAUGGCACACAUGCAUAUAGACAAAUUCAUGCCUCAAGGCUAAACAUGAAGAUAAUUGUAAAUUCUCAACUUAUAGUUACAUUAUAAUAUUGUAUUAUUAUCCUCUGAUAUAAUUUGCUGGUCUAAGAAAUGUGCCUUUUUGAGGAUAUUUGGUUACUGACUUAAUGAUGCUCCUUUCCAAGUACAUAUAUUUUUCUUUUUCAAAUAUAACACCAGUAUUUUGGUAUUGGUUCUCUUUUAAAAAAAGAGAUUUCUCUUCUGUUUGGUAAAUGGUUAAAGCUGACAAGUAAAUGAUGGGAUCCAAUGCCUUAUUUCAUUGAUGCACACAGGUAAAUAAGAAUAUAUUUCUUUGCAGAAGACACUAAAAAUAAGAUCAAAUGAUGAAGAAUUUCACUUAAAAAAAUAAAGUGGUGUUGUAAUAUACAUUUAAACCACCUAUUUUACCUGUUUUUGUUCUGCUGUGCCCUUGCUAGAUUUUCCUAUGCUAUAAAGCUACUUUUAGCUUGUGUUUAGAAAAGUGCCUAUUUGUUAAGACCAGACAACCUCACAGCCUAACAAAUGGCAGAAAAACUGCUAAAAAAAUAUAUAUAAAAGGAUAAAAAAAAAGAACAAAUGUACCCAUUUAAAAUAGUCUGGCUUGUCUGUUAUUUUCAUGGACAGGCCAAAAAGAUUGCUUCUUGGAAAGGUCCAAGCACAUUCUAAGUAAAUGUAGUUUUAGAUAGGUGCCUUGAGAGGUUUCUCCAAUGGAGAACAGCCAAAAAUACAGCCAUACCUUAUUGACUGGUGUACCAGCCGGAGAAUGAGUUGUGCCUUCUGAGUUCUGACUGUCCAAACCAACAUUGUUGCUUUCAUGAAUCAGCUCAACUGAACCUAAUAAAAUAUUCACUUAAGUCACAACUGCAUUUCCAGUGGAUUUGUGUCAAAUACUUCUAACAUAUAUUUCACUUUUAAUAUAUAACCGCUUUUAUUUGCAAACUGUUUAAAUUUGAAGUAAUCAAAUAACUUCUUUUUUUGUGUGUGGUGCUAUGCUUAAAACUGCUGAAUAUUAUGAGUGAGUUUUGAAAAACAUGUUGUUGGGCCUUUUAUGUUGUGAAAUGUGCUAUGCCAACACUGGAUUUGUAUCUUUUUUUCCUUAUUUGUAUAAUUUCACUUUGUUGAUGUUUUUCUCCAUUUUUAUGACAUCUAAGCAACUGUUUAUUUAGGCAUCAGAGUAAAUACUUUAUACUGACACAAUGAAUAAAGCCUUUUUAGACAUUUUUUAAGAGUAGAAUUAGACUGACAGUAGCCUUAAAAUAGUCUUGUAGGAAAAUGAGAUGCUUUUACAGGCCACACUUACAUUACAUGCAAUAGACUGUGUAUUAAACUGCCAUCGUCUACAUUUUACACAGACAUUUGAGACCUACUUAGCUUUCAUGCCUUACUUAUGCCUACCUAUGGGGGAGAAAAAAAGUGCAAUUGUACUCUGUGGCCCUAAGUGCCUGUUUCUUGACUAAAACAAAUUAAAGUAGUAUCAAAACCUU